GGAAUCUACGCCGCGAAUGGAGCGACCAGAAGUGUCAAUCCGGAAAACGGUUUUCGAACUUUUUUCGAACACGCCGGUGCCCAUGUUCGGACCAGAGUCGGACUACUGGCAAACUAACGUCGUUCACGCGACGAUCAGCUGGGAAGCUUUCUACCAAGAGCAGUAUCUGCGAAAGGUCACGGCGGCCACGCGUGGAGACAGCUCGGGAACUAGCAACUUCCAGUCCGAUAUUGAUUUCCUUCACACGGUAUCAAUCGCAAAUAUGCCAGGGCCCUCUGGAAGAUUCAUUGCGAGAUUUGUAUAUGAAUUUCGCGAACCACACACAUCGUCUGGAAAAAUGCGCACAGAGAGAAAUCCCCCUCGUUCGUCUAACAAGCAGUUGGCAGCUUUUGGUGCUCAUGCAACGCAGAUUUUUUUGUGAUGGAGAUUUCGCAUCACAAGUUGCAAUUUUCCAGAGGACGCAGACAUAUUUGCAACGCAUACACGGUUGCGAAAUUCACGGAAGCUGCAGUGGUUGCGGCUAAUGCGUUGGGGGACGAGUUUGUGUACAACAAGAAAUUACAUCAGGCGAAUACGUCUUAUGCGCAGGGCGCAUCGCAGACCAGAUCUCUGAUGCAGAAUUACAAAUCGGAGUGGAACCGGAUGAGCAACAAGGCCACCGGGCUCGCCAUGUUUGAAGACGAUAUCACGUUCACGGGCAGGUAUGCUGUGCAAAAUCGUCCACGCACAAAAAUUUGCUUAUCCACGCCAUGGGAAAUUUUACGGCCCUAUGACGUGCUGCUGUGCCAGUAAAGUUUCUCGCUCUCGAAGUGCAAUCAGUGCAGUGCAAUAGCUUAGUGAUGCGGCCAGCGGAAUUAGUAAGCGUGACUAGGCUGAGGAUCCAACUUUGUUAUACGUGGGCACUCGUCUCUGGUGAGUAUGAUGAUGAUCGCAGAGUUCCCUAUAUGAAGUAGCUGUCAGGGCGUUUUUCCACAGCACAAGAGGGGCUUGGUUCUCAUAGUCGUCUUACGAGUUGUAAAUAUGUCAGGAGGCUGGGGGAAGUAAGAUCAAGGCUGUUUAUCUUUAUCCAUGUUGCAUGAAGAUAAUAGUUAGUCACGCUGCGCAACAUAUGAAUGGCCUUCGCCACGCCGCAAACAAACAAGCCAGCAAAGGCUGGGAUAGCCUACCCAAGGCUGCUGCAUUUCCUCCGCCCCGACGCAAAUAAACAAGCCAGAAAGGAAUGGGAAAGCCUACGCAGGGCCGUCGACCUGCUUUGGGGGCGCUGGUUGUCCGCAUUCCCUUCGCCUCGCCGCAAACAAACAGGCCGGCAAAGGUUGGAGAAGCCUACUCCGGGCCGCUGCUCUGGCUGGGGCGCGUUGGCUUUUCACCUUCGUACCCCCUUCGCCCCGCCGCAAACAAGCAGGCCGGCAAAGUAAGGGUGGGGAAGCGUAUUAAAGGGAGGCCGCUGCCCUGGUUUGGGGGCGCUGGGGACAUGCCGCGGGAAGAGAUCGAGAAUCCUCCCCGGAAGAGUUGGAGAAAUCUCGCCGAAAGAGAUCGAGAAACCUCGCCGGAAGAGAUCGAGACACGACGCGCGAAGAGCUCGAGAACUCUCGCCGGAAGCGAUCGAGUGAUCGAGUGAGAAAUCUCGCCGGAAGAGAUCCAGCAAUCUCGCCGGAAGAGAUCGAGAAAUCUCGCCGGAAGAGAUCGAGACACGACGAGGGAAGAGAUCGAGAGUUCUCGCCGAAAGAGGUGGAGCAAGGUCGCCGGAGGAGAUCGAGAAUUCUCGCCGGAAGAGAUCGAGAAAUCUCGCCGGAAGAGAUCGAGACAUGACGCGGGAAGAGAUCGAGAAUUCUCGCCGGAAGAGAUCGAGAAAUCUCGCCGGAAGAGAUCGAGACAUGACGCGGGAAGAGAUCGAGAAUUCUCGCCGGAAGAGAUCGAGAAAUCUCGCCGGAAGAGAUCGAGACAUGACGCGGGAAGAGAUCGAGAAUUCUCGCCGGAAGAGAUCGAGAAAUCUCGCCGGAAGAGAUCGAGACAUGACGCGGGAAGAGAUCGAGAAUUCUCGCCGGAAGAGAUCGAGAAAUCUCGCCGGAAGAGAUCGAGACAUGACGCGGGAAGAGAUCGAGAAUUCUCGCCGGAAGAGAUCGAGAAAUCUCGCCGGAAGAGAUCGAGACAUGACGCGGGAAGAGAUCGAGAAUUCUCGCCGGAAGAGAUCGAGAAAUCUCGCCGGAAGAGAUCGAGACAUGACGCGGGAAGAGAUCGAGAAUUCUCGCCGGAAGAGAUCGAGAAAUCUCGCCGGAAGAGAUCGAGACAUGACGCGGGAAGAGAUCGAGAAUUCUCGCCGGAAGAGAUCGAGAAAUCUCGCCGGAAGAGAUCGAGACAUGACGCGGGAAGAGAUCGAGAAUUCUCGCCGGAAGAGAUCGAGAAAUCUCGCCGGAAGAGAUCGAGACAUGACGCGGGAAGAGAUCGAGAAUUCUCGCCGGAAGAGAUCGAGAAAUCUCGCCGGAAGAGAUCGAGACAUGACGCGGGAAGAGAUCGAGAAUUCUCGCCGGAAGAGAUCGAGAAAUCUCGCCGGAAGAGAUCGAGACAUGACGCGGGAAGAGAUCGAGAAUUCUCGCCGGAAGAGAUCGAGAAAUCUCGCCGGAAGAGAUCGAGACAUGACGCGGGAAGAGAUCGAGAAUUCUCGCCGGAAGAGAUCGAGAAAUCUCGCCGGAAGAGAUCGAGACAUGACGCGGGAAGAGAUCGAGAAUUCUCGCCGGAAGAGAUCGAGAAAUCUCGCCGGAAGAGAUCGAGACAUGACGCGGGAAGAGAUCGAGAAUUCUCGCCGGAAGAGAUCGAGAAAUCUCGCCGGAAGAGAUCGAGACAUGACGCGGGAAGAGAUCGAGAAUUCUCGCCGGAAGAGAUCGAGAAAUCUCGCCGGAAGAGAUCGAGACAUGACGCGGGAAGAGAUCGAGAAUUCUCGCCGGAAGAGAUCGAGAAAUCUCGCCGGAAGAGAUCGAGACAUGACGCGGGAAGAGAUCGAGAAUUCUCGCCGGAAGAGAUCGAGAAAUCUCGCCGGAAGAGAUCGAGACAUGACGCGGGAAGAGAUCGAGAAUUCUCGCCGGAAGAGAUCGAGAAAUCUCGCCGGAAGAGAUCGAGACAUGACGCGGGAAGAGAUCGAGAAUUCUCGCCGGAAGAGAUCGAGAAAUCUCGCCGGAAGAGAUCGAGACAUGACGCGGGAAGAGAUCGAGAAUUCUCGCCGGAAGAGAUCGAGAAAUCUCGCCGGAAGAGAUCGAGACAUGACGCGGGAAGAGAUCGAGAAUUCUCGCCGGAAGAGAUCGAGAAAUCUCGCCGGAAGAGAUCGAGACAUGACGCGGGAAGAGAUCGAGAAUUCUCGCCGGAAGAGAUCGAGAAAUCUCGCCGGAAGAGAUCGAGACAUGACGCGGGAAGAGAUCGAGAAUUCUCGCCGGAAGAGAUCGAGAAAUCUCGCCGGAAGAGAUCGAGACAUGACGCGGGAAGAGAUCGAGAAUUCUCGCCGGAAGAGAUCGAGAAAUCUCGCCGGAAGAGAUCGAGACAUGACGCGGGAAGAGAUCGAGAAUUCUCGCCGGAAGAGAUCGAGAAAUCUCGCCGGAAGAGAUCGAGACAUGACGCGGGAAGAGAUCGAGAAUUCUCGCCGGAAGAGAUCGAGAAAUCUCGCCGGAAGAGAUCGAGACAUGACGCGGGAAGAGAUCGAGAAUUCUCGCCGGAAGAGAUCGAGAAAUCUCGCCGGAAGAGAUCGAGACAUGACGCGGGAAGAGAUCGAGAAUUCUCGCCGGAAGAGAUCGAGAAAUCUCGCCGGAAGAGAUCGAGACAUGACGCGGGAAGAGAUCGAGAAUUCUCGCCGGAAGAGAUCGAGAAAUCUCGCCGGAAGAGAUCGAGACAUGACGCGGGAAGAGAUCGAGAAUUCUCGCCGGAAGAGAUCGAGAAAUCUCGCCGGAAGAGAUCGAGACAUGACGCGGGAAGAGAUCGAGAAUUCUCGCCGGAAGAGAUCGAGAAAUCUCGCCGGAAGAGAUCGAGACAUGACGCGGGAAGAGAUCGAGAAUUCUCGCCGGAAGAGAUCGAGAAAUCUCGCCGGAAGAGAUCGAGACAUGACGCGGGAAGAGAUCGAGAAUUCUCGCCGGAAGAGAUCGAGAAAUCUCGCCGGAAGAGAUCGAGACAUGACGCGGGAAGAGAUCGAGAAUUCUCGCCGGAAGAGAUCGAGAAAUCUCGCCGGAAGAGAUCGAGACAUGACGCGGGAAGAGAUCGAGAAUUCUCGCCGGAAGAGAUCGAGAAAUCUCGCCGGAAGAGAUCGAGACAUGACGCGGGAAGAGAUCGAGAAUUCUCGCCGGAAGAGAUCGAGAAAUCUCGCCGGAAGAGAUCGAGACAUGACGCGGGAAGAGAUCGAGAAUUCUCGCCGGAAGAGAUCGAGAAAUCUCGCCGGAAGAGAUCGAGACAUGACGCGGGAAGAGAUCGAGAAUUCUCGCCGGAAGAGAUCGAGAAAUCUCGCCGGAAGAGAUCGAGACAUGACGCGGGAAGAGAUCGAGAAUUCUCGCCGGAAGAGAUCGAGAAAUCUCGCCGGAAGAGAUCGAGACAUGACGCGGGAAGAGAUCGAGAAUUCUCGCCGGAAGAGAUCGAGAAAUCUCGCCGGAAGAGAUCGAGACAUGACGCGGGAAGAGAUCGAGAAUUCUCGCCGGAAGAGAUCGAGAAAUCUCGCCGGAAGAGAUCGAGACAUGACGCGGGAAGAGAUCGAGAAUUCUCGCCGGAAGAGAUCGAGAAAUCUCGCCGGAAGAGAUCGAGACAUGACGCGGGAAGAGAUCGAGAAUUCUCGCCGGAAGAGAUCGAGAAAUCUCGCCGGAAGAGAUCGAGACAUGACGCGGGAAGAGAUCGAGAAUUCUCGCCGGAAGAGAUCGAGAAAUCUCGCCGGAAGAGAUCGAGACAUGACGCGGGAAGAGAUGGAGGCAGAGCGCCGGAAGAGAUCGAGAAAGGGCGCGGGAAGAGCUCGAGGACUCUCGCCGGAAGAUAUGGAGCAAGCAAGGUCGCCGGGAGAGAUCGAGAAACCUCGCCAAGGGAGCCCGAGAACUCUCGCGGGAAGAGAUCGGAAGACCUCGCCUGAAGAGGCCGAGACAUGACGCGGGAGGAGGUCGAGAACCUCCGCCGGAAAAUAUGGAGCAAGGCCGCCGGAGGAUGUCGAUAAACCGCGCCGGAGACGCGGGGGGGGGGGGGGCGGACCUCGUCCGCUAGCACCGAGCCGGGCCAAUUUUUGGUGCCUAGGUAGGGCACGUAGGCCGACUGCAUCCUUCGCGCCGGUGUCCGGUCUGUGUAAUCUGUGGCGCUCCUCGCUCCCGUGUGUCUCUGAGCUAUCCCCCCGGCGGUGGCGCGGGUUCAGAUCCUCGCCCUUUCCUUUUCCAAGAACAGACACAGCGCGGAUUCUUUUUUUUCUUCUGAAGGUUGUGCUCCCGUGGCGUAAGCCUUGGCCCAUAGCAGUGUCAAUUGAACAACGAGCAAUGCGGAAGCGCAAGAGCUGAGGAGCCAAGGGAGGCACUGGAAAGCAGUCCGGGGAAGUUCCUCAGGCUGCGGCGCCCCCAUCCCGGACCAGCCGGAUUUGAGCCAGGACGCAUUUAGUGCGUGACGUGCGUCCAAAAACAAACAGUGGAGCGCUGUGCCCGUGCGUCGACUUUUGAAAAGUGAAAACCCGCGCCCUCAUGCGGUUACUCUUGCGGCCGAAGUUUGUUCUUGCCGAGUGACCAGAAACCAAAGAGCCGCCUGCUUGUGUCUAUCUCGUCUCUUUUCAUUCCUCGCCGGGAGAAGCGUGGCCGUUGGUUCGUAUUUCCCAAACCAAGGACCCCUACCCGCGGAGCGCGUUGGGGCGGGAGUUACAACCACAAAAACCCCUGCCGGGCUUGGCCGGGCCGAUUGUUGAGGCGCGGAAGAGGGCGCCCCCCGCGGGCCAUGCAACAAGCGAAGCCCUCGCCCAGGCGGGCCCGUUUUCGACGUUCGGGGCAGGCCGCUAGCGGUUAUGCAAAUGCCCCGGCCAGCCUGGCAACCAUUCAAAAAACCAUGGCCGGCGCGGUCCUUGUAUCAGUCGAAAGCCCCCCGGCCCUGGCAUAUUUGAAAAGCAUACUCCAAGGGCAGCAAGCAGCAGGGCAUUACGGAGCAGGAAGCGAGGAGAAGGUACGGCCACGAAGUGAAAACCCAUCAAUUUCUGAACGAGCUGAUCGCAAAGUGUGAGUGCGAAACUCUCGUUCCGACCUUGUGUUGCAACGUCUACACGAGCGGGCAGGUGCUAGUCCACGUGCGCCCGAAACCGGAGUUGCCGCAAGUGUUACUCGUUCCCUUCCCGAUCCCUCGGAAUGCGGGCAGUUCUGCGCAGCUUGUAAUGCAGGAGGUGAAAAGGAUAUCGCAAGAAAAAACAGUUUCACUGUAGACUUGUAAUGCAGAAAAUGUAUCUGAGAAGUGUUGGUCUUGUUACACAUGCAAGACAGUGGAUUUUUCGGCGUCUUUUCCCUUGGGAAUCUCGCAUGGCAAAUUUCCUCUGUGAUGUAGAGCAAACUUGUGAUGCAAAACUUGCAAAAUCCUUACAGUGGAACACUUUUUUCGUGCGAUAAAGGAUCGAAGACAAGAUUUUCGCAGAAACUACCGACGCUGACGACGAACAAGGUUUCCGCCUCCUUUAUCAAAUGCAAAAAUGUCUGGGUCUGGAAAAAUGCAAGAUUUGUGAUGCAGGUUUUCCACGUUUCAUGAGGUCUGGAAUGCGAGACCCAGCAUGACAGAUUCUUUGAGGUCUCUAGCAUGCCUUUCCUGCAUGAGAAAGAAACUCCCUCCCAACUUGGUCAAAAGCGGACAGCUUUUGGUACUCACGCAACACAGAUUUUUGCAUCAUUCAGAUUUAGCAUGACAAGUUCUAAUCUUCCAGACCCAGACAUUUUUACAUUUGAUAUCCUUGCCGACCUAACUGGUAAGAACACAGCGGCAAAUAAAACCGGGGAAAAGAUCCGGCAACCCUGUCUGGUCCGUACCAGAAAUACCUCGAGCCCCGGGGCAGAAGCGCAAGGCCCCGGUGGUGCUUUUUCCGCAUUACAGUUUCACACGGUCGGAAUGCUCUUUCCCCGUGACGCGAGUUCAGCCUCACUUUGGGACCGUCUGCGACCAGAGCUGUUCUUGAGCGGCGGAUAUCCUGAGAAAAAACUGUUUCACUGUGAACCUGUGAUGCAGAAAAUGAAACACAAAACUAUUUGUCUUGCUACACAUGCAAGGCAUUGGGUUUUUCGGCCUGUUUUUCCUUGGGAAGUGCGCAUGACAAAUUUUCAGUGUCUUGUGCAACAAACUUGUGAUGCAGAUCAUGCAAAAUCAUCACAGUGAAACAGUUUUUUCGUGGGAUAGUGGAAAUUUAGCAAGUACUGCUGGUGGUGGAACAUCACUGGCAAGUGGUGGCGAGGACGCAACGGCGCAGCAGAAGUUUAUCAACUGUAAAAGUGUCUGGGUCUGGAAGAGUUGGAACUUGUGAUGCAAACUCUGGAACACGCAAAACCUUGUGUUGCAUGAGCGCCAAAACCUGUCCACUUCUUGGUCCGCAGGUAGGAAGUUUCUCACGCGGGACAAGCAUCAUGAGGCGUGCUCAAAACCUGUGAUGCUUUUGCCUGCAUCAGACGCCAUUUGCGUGAUCCGAAAUAUGCAUGACAAAUCUCGUAAUCUUCCAGACCCAGACAUUUUUACAGUUGAUAAAGUUCUUGCAGAACCCAUACGAGGUGCGGGUCAAUGAGGAGGCGAGGCGACUCUCUGGCAUCGUCCGGACACGGUUACUCGCGGAAGCCGCAGAGUACCUUGACAGAAUGUGCGGCGGCGAGUUCGCGGUGCAAGAGGAUGGUAGUGCUGGUGCUGGAAAAAUACCAUUACAGAUCACCUGCUCUGCGACGCUGACCAGGUUUCUGCACGCCAGGGGCGUGAAUUGCCGCUAUAUCGGGCAGCUUUGUGGCGUCUGCAAAGAGCAGCACAGCUAUGAACUGCAAAAGUAUUGUAGUUGUACUCGUAUAAAUGCAUGACGAUGACAAAUCUUCUCAGCAUGAGAAAUGAAAUUUGUAAUGCGGAUUUACCUUUAAAAAAAGAUUUGUAAUGCAUGGUUGCAAUUACUACGAGUAGGAUACUGUUGCGCAGGAUAACAGCAGGACGUUGUUGACGGUAGAAGCCGUGGCCAGGACGUGCAAGAAGAUUCUGCGCGACAGGAUAAAACUCGCGCCGGUGCAGAUCAAUGGAACAAAUCUCCGCGACGACAACUUUGUUGCCCCCUACUACGACGUGAUCCUCCAGCUUUAUCCUGUGCAAAAACAUCCCCACACCAGAGUCAAGAUGGGAGAGCUGCUAGACAAAUCAACCAGCUUUGGUCGUUUCGCAUGACAAAUUUGGCCCCGUAGUGUAAUCCUGUUUAGCUAGCUCCAGCAGCAUAACAGAUCUAGCAUAUCACGCUGAUUUGAGCAUCACAAACUCCAAAACACAAUGGGGAAAUGCUUCAUGGAGCUCCGCAUGAGAAACAUUCUUGGCAUGCAGAUUUGCAUGACAACUCUGGGGUGGGGAUGUUUUUACUCAGAAUAAGCUUUUCCAAGACACCAUCGGCGAGUCUAUCAAAUGUAAAAAUGUCUGGGUCUGGAAGGGUUGGAACUUGUGAUGCGAACUCUGGAACACACAAAAAUUUGUGUUGCAUGAGCGCCAAAAGCUGUCCAUUUCUUGGCACGCAAGUAGGAAGUUUCUCAUGCGGGACAGGCAUCAUGAGGCGUGCUCAAAACCUGUGAUGCUUUUGCCUGCAUCAGACGCCACUUGUGUGAUCCGAAAUAUGCAUGACAAAUCUCAGAAUUUUCCAGACCCAGACAUUUUUACAUUUGAUAGAGUCGCAGAGAACGCAGCGUUUCUGGGUGGAGAUGCUCGUGCGCGAAGUUUUGGAAAAAUUUCCCGGAAUCCCGAAGCAACUUUUGAAGCCGGACGGGCUUCCCCAAGACCUCCUGUUGCACGCCCUGCAGUACCAUUUUGGCGUCGGCGCGAUUUUGCGGAUUGUUCCAGAGCGGAAACUAUCAACUGCAAAAAUGUCUGGGUCUGGAAGGCCACAACUUGUAAUGCUGUCUGUGGAUUCUAAAAAAAUUUGUAUUGCAUGACCAGCAAGAGGGGUCGGGUUUGUCCCACGCGGAGAGGGCAUUUCUCAUGCGGUAGAGGUAUCACAAAGCUGCCCUCUAAAGAUCUGUGAUGCUACGGCAUGUGUUACAGACAUAAAGGCUCAUGGAAAAUAUGCAUGACAAAUCUAGAAAUCUUCUAGACCCAGACAUUUUUGCAUUUGAUAAAAACAUUAUCAAGACGAUUUUAUUUCACCGGAAGACUUGGACAUCGUGGAGGACGUAGUGCCGUUCGAAGCAAUAUAUCAAAGUGAAAAAUCCCCCCACCCCAUACUCAAACUAGAAAUUUGUGAUGCAGAUUUGUGGUCACAAAUCAGCUUUGUCAUGCUAGAAGGGAAAAGAUGCGGACUGUAGUGCUGGUUGGCGCGAGAAAGCCUUGCAUCUUCAACAUGACAGGGGGCAGCUGGAAGGGAGAAACAGCAUGACAAAUUGCCUGCCGCUAUAGAGGCCACCGCUGCGUCUCUUGGCCUUCUAGCAUUACAAGUCGAUUUGUGUACUGAAAUACAGCAUCACAAAUUUCGUUUUCGAUAUGGGGAGGGGGAAUUUUUCCUUUUGAUACAAUAACCGCGGCCAGCUCCAGUCUCCGCUACCGCCGCGUCGCGACCGCGGGUUCCGUAUAUUGAGAGCAAAAAUCCCCCCUCCCCAUAUCGAAGAGUCAUGUUUUCGAAAAUUUGUGUUGCUGAUUUGAGACCACAAAUCACGCCUGCCUUGCAAGAAGGCAACUCCACAAGCUCCGCAGCAUCGUGCAGGCGGUUUGUGAUGCUGAUGGGCCUACAAUGCAGACGUUUCCCAUGCUAGACGCCUAGGCCAAAACCUCUCUACUUAGGCUUAGUAUGGGCCUGCACUCCUCUCCAGCACGACAAGGCUGAUUUGUGUACGCAAAUCCUGCAUCAGAAACUUCGUUUUGAUAUGGGGAGGGGGAAUUUUUCCUUUUGAUACCGUAACGGCGAACUUGGCCGCUACAGAGGUGCUGAAAAACUACAGAAAUCUGCUCGCGGAGCAGAUAAAGGAGGCAGCGGCAUCGCUCGGAGGGGGGAGCGGUACAGCCGAGCAGCCGCCGGAGAGUUCCACUGCGAAGAGUGCCGCCGCGCUCUUCUCCGCGCUGCUCGAUGUGAGGAGGCUGGAUUAUCCUGUGCGAAAGGAUCGGACUCGUAGAUGAUAAUUGCAGUCAUGCAAGACAAAUUGCUUUUCCGAGGUGAAGCACCAUGAUGAAUUUUAUUUCUCAUGCUGAGAAAAUUUGUCAUGCAGUUUUCGCUUGGCAGUGCGAUACUACUUUUGCAAAAAUUCAUAUCGUUUUUCUACCUGCGGUGGAGGAAAUUGAUUUGGACACGACGCUAUCCUGUGCAAAAAUACGUAUGCCGUGCUAGUAUUGCGCGUUGUACUACUUAAAUGAAUAUUGCAGAUACGCAUGACAAAUCUGCUUCCCAAGGUGAUGCAGCAUGACAAACUUGACUUUAACUUUUCAAGCUGAGCAGCAUAAAGUAAACUUGUAAUGCAAUACGAACUAACACAACACUUUUGCCAUGCAUGAACGACAGCGAGCACAUCUUCCGCCUUCAGUGCCCUACACGCUGCCACGUCCACAAGCAUCUUCGAGCGGAGUUUUUUCGUUUUGAACCUGGAACUGUCACUGGCGGAAGCGAAACGCGAUGUUGUUGCCGCCCGGAUUUGGCGGUUGAAGCUGGGGCAGCUGGCGUUUUUGGCGCAAAACUACGAGUUUGGGUAUCAAAUCGCCGUGAAAGGACUGUUGGCGAAGAUGCGGGAACGACACGAGGAGCAAGUUGCCGGAAGAGUCCUCGCGAUUGCCUGCGCGGUCGGCUUAUCAAUUGCAGAUAUAUGUUUGGGUCUGGCUCUGGUGGAAAGAUGCGUACAAUUUGUCACGGUGGUCCUUGCAUGCAAGAGGCAUCCCUUGUACGGCAGAACGGCAUGACAACUGCUCCUCGGUUCCUUGCAUAGUUCUACGUGUGUUUAAAGCAUGACAAAGUAUGGCUUCCAGCACGACAAAAAAACUGCCUCUAAUCGCAUUCAUGCAUUACAGAGCUCGCUGUCCCUCAGAUUUUGCAUGACAAAUCCAGACCCAGACCACAUACUUGCUAUGCAUACGGGCUGCAGAGAGUUCAGACCGCGCGGGAACACUACGAGCAGGGAAAGAUAGCCGCGGCGGCGGCGAGAGCAGGAAUAGCGGCUGGGCAAGCGAAAAGGAUGACAAGUAUCAGAAAGAGCCGCACUACUCCUGUCCCCGACCUCAUCACCAACGCCUGCUUCGAAAUUCAGGCGAGCCGGGCGUUCCUCCUGGUAUUUUCGCAGACCAGCGGUGGUGGCACCGAAGACCCUCCUGCUGGUGACGGAUCAUCGUCAUUGCAGUCGGGAAGUACUAUCAUGUCGACGGGCUCACUCGCGGCACAAGCACACGUGGAUUUUUUGACCGACAAGGUUCUAAGCACCGCGCCAGCUUUCUUUUCACCAAAAGCGAGAAGACCAUUGUCACCAAAAAUGAUUUCGGGUUCAUCUACCAGUCGCUCCACGUCCGCAGCGAGUUCUUCCAGGAGGGAAAAUUCAAACGCGUUACCAGUUGCGGUCGUCCGAGCGAGAAUUGCGUUUGGGUGGCUACUGCGAAAGCUCGUGACAUCCUCGUCGCCAAGCGCUGCUGAUACGGAAAAAAACGAGUCCUAUCAGCGCCAACCGCUAAGGAUGGUAGUACCCGAAAAAGAAUGGUUCAAAGUGAAAAAUUUUCUGCAGGAAGCUUUGGACCUCUGCGGCCCAUCAGCAUUCUCCGCUACUUUCACAUCCUCCCAUACGGCGGUAUCACAAAACCAGCAAGGCGGUGCGGCCAGUUCUGCGGGCUCCUUUGGCCGCUCCGGAGAUGACCUCAUCCGGGCACGGUUGCUUUUCCAACUGGCGACGCUGGCGUUGCUGCAGUGCGAACGAGCAAAGCUGGAGCUGCCGAACACCGCAAUACCGUUGGCAGAAACGUGUCUGGCGACGAGAGUCGCGAAAUCUAGUUCCCACGCGGCGACCGCACGGUCCGACCCGGUGGUGGUGCAGGCGAGCCUGCUUAUGAAAUGCAAAUAUGUCUGGGUCUGGAAGAGUCUUGCUGUUUUUGCAUGACGCAGAAGGUCUGGCAUGGAAGCUCUAGCGUCACAGGUUUCGAGAACCUUCCGCAAUGCCGAAUCGGCAUGACAGUCCUCUAUUUUGCUGACAAAAAGUAGGAGCUUUUACUACGUAUGCAUGAGAGACUUUUCUGUGUUCUGAAAUACGCAUUACAAGUUGCAUUCUUCCAGACCCAGACACUUUUGCGUUUGAUACUGCUGCUUGCGUUCGCGUUUGAGUAUGACAUACGCAUUGCAAAAGUAUCGUACUAAAGUACAUAAUUGCAUGAGCAAUUUUAUCUCCCAAAUGAAAAAUAAGAUUUGUAAAUGCGGAUGUAAAAACUGCCCGUAUAGAAAAUGGAAAUUUCUCCUGCAUGCCGGUACGAUACUUUUGCAAAGAAUACAGCAAUAUCAACUGUAAAAAUGCCUGGGUCUGGAAGAUUCUGAAACUUGUGAUGCACGUCUUGCAUGAGCCAUGAUGUCUAUGAUGCACGCGCUAGCAUCACAUAUUUUUUGAGGGCAUCUUGAUGCCUAUUCCGCAUGACAAAUGCCCUAUCCUUGUAGCAAAAAUUAUACUCCUUUUAUCUACUCAUGCAAUACAAAUUUUUUUGGAGUCCAAAUGCAGCAUCACCAGUUGCAUUCUUCCAGACCCAGACAUUUUUGCAAUCCAUAAGCAAACAGUGGAAGCAGGCGGUGCAGAUGUACGACGAAAUUCUACUCGCAGCCAGUACCGCUUAUGAUCUGCAAAAGUAUCGUACUCGUAUAAAUGCAUUACAAAUUUCCUCAGCAUGAGAAAUAAAAUUUGUAAUGCAGAUUUGCCUCGGGAACGAGAUUUGUAAUGCAAGACCUGCAUUUAUACGAGUGCGAUGCUUUUCCACAGGAUACCGCUAGGAAAGACGCGAUCUCUACUGACGAAACGGUCGAAUCCUCGAGGCGAACAAGUAGCAGAACAGCGCGACAAAUUCUCGCGGCGACAAAUUCUCAACAAGGCCAGUAUUCCACGCUGUCCCCCGAUUUCCCCGUGUCUACGACCGACUCCGCGGCAUUGCUGGCGCUGGUUGGCUGUUACGACAGCGGAGACAGUUUAAACGCAUUGCAGAAAAUUCCAGAAACGGAGCUGUUCUCUUUCUCACCUACUGUGACUUCGUGGCAAGAACGAAGGCGAAACUCUUCACGGCGACCGGCGUUGGGGUUGCGACUGGCGGGUGUGCGACGCCGGGCACUGUUCUUGUACUUGAGGUUCCUCUUCUCGGACACGGAAAAAAAGCAGCUGAUACGACAGUGAACAACUACUCCCCCUUGUUCCCCUCGUUUGUCAUGCAACCCCCCAAGAAAUCCGAGCGCUUCCCUGUCCCUGUGGGACUGUUUGCAUGACAGAUUCCGGAAGCCCAAGCAGUUGCAGUACCACUUAGACUAGGCGCAUGAAUUUGUCAUGCACAGGCACCGUAUGUGUUGGUGUUUGUAUUGCUGCUUAUGCAAAAAUACAAAUGAGGGGGAGGGGCAGAAGUUGCGCACCCUCAUAGCUGAUGAAGACGGUCGCGAAACUCUACCGCCGGUACAAAAUGAAAAAUCUGGCGAAGACCACUACCCACUGCAAAAGCUGUAGCGAUUCGUGCCAAUCGCAAUUACGCAUGACAAGUUCACUUUGUUAGCUGAAUUUAGGAAGGUAAAUUUCCUUUCUAUUUCUCACAAAAUCACUGCGUACCGGCCUCAAAUUUAUUUGUGAUGCGAUCUAUUCAAGAAUUACCAUUAGCACGGUGCUUUUGCAAUGCAUAUCUAUUGGGCUUUCCCACACUGCCACCUCCCAUUUCGACGUCACCGUGCCCACGUUGGUGCAUUUUCUUGAAUCCUUCCCGAAAAUUCCCGAUUUGACGACCACGGUGGCUGGAUCUUCGAGAGACCAGGAUGGAGAUCCUGCUGAUGCGGAUGACGUUCUACCUGCCGACCAUGCGUCUUCCACCCUGGAAAUCGGGAUUCUAAGACACCCGGUAUUCGAGACCGCGUUCACCGCCGGGCACGGGACGCGAUUUCUCAUGCAAGAAGUCCUACGCUGGCACGAAAACCAAUUUGGGGAAGAGCGGCUGCGACGGGUGGUAUGCGUUGCAAAUUAUAUGUCGGGGUCUGGAAGGAUCAGAAUAGUGCACAUGUGUCAUGCGCCCUGUGCGUCACACGAAAAUUUGUAUUGCACGACUAGCUAAAGCUGUCCAUUUUACUUCUUGGCCAAGCCAAAAUAACGACUCUCAUGCAGCAUAGGCAGUGCAAGGGCCUUGCAGAUCAUCAACCUGUGAUGCUAGGUCCUGCAUUUCAGCCUUUUCCUUCCAUGGAGCAUCGAAAUAAACCUGCAUGACAUACUCCUUCAUUCUUGCAGAACACCUGACAUAAUUGCAUCUGAUAAAUGGAAGCGGAUGACGAUUUCCUUUUGAUUCAUGUGUUGCAGUGGACGUGUCGCAAAGCCUCGGGCCUGGUGCCGGAGAGCGUGGUGGAGAUCCAGUAGGAAAAGUACGUACACGUGUUGCAAAUGCGAUUGGUAUUGCAUACCACGAGACCUGCAGAUGCGACGCAGCUGGACAAACAUUUCCAAAUAAAGGAAGGACGCAAGAAGAAGAACCACUGCGAAAAAAUAAUCACUGCAGAAGCAAUGACAAAACGAAGCGCUAAACAAUAAGAACCUAAAUAUAGAUUCAACAAGAUCGGCAUUUGAUUAAUAUUUGUAGCCGUUUGUCUUUGUCCAAGCACAGAUGUAAAACGAAGAAAUAACUUGUCUGAAGAGCAAUUCAACGAACGUGUAAACACUCCAAGUAGCGAAGAUAUUGGCACCGAAAUGAUAAACUGAAGAAAAUUACGAGAUGAACCGAAAACAAAAUGAAGUGCGUGUGCGUCAUUAUUACCUAGUAACCGUAGCGAAAUCCUUAAUAUGACAAGAGCAGCAAGUAUAAUUUUCUAUAGUUCGGUAGAUUCACAUGAUCCCCGAAGUGAGGGUGGGUGGAAGUUCCAUACGUG